GGAGGAGAGAAAGGUUUCGUCGGAGCAGACAGCCAGCAUCUUUUGAGUAGUAACCCCUUGACCUGAAGUCCAUAUGAAGGCAGGCAUUUUGACGAGACCGCGGUUCUCUCGUUAGAGGGCGCUGUUGUGAGGGGGUUUGUUUUGGACACAUGGAGGCAUGCGACCUAACGUUAGCUUAGAUACACGCUGGACAAUAACCUUCUCUUAUACGCUAGUGACAGCAAGUGGACCCCGGUGUGGUGGUGAGGAUGCGGUGCCUGUGCCGGGUUCCCCUGGCCGCGCUGCUGGUCCGGGGGGGAUGCUGGCGACCUCCCCGUAGGCUGAGGAGCUCAGACGAAAGGCCCCCCGUGCCUCUAGGGGGCCGAGUGCUCACCAACCCCGACAGUGUCUUCCAACACAACAUGUGGGACCACGUCCAGUGGUCGGCGGAGGACAGCGAGGACGCCAGACGGAGGGCGGAGCUAAACUCCUCGGAGCUGAUUCCACCAGAGGACCGAGCCAAGUACGAGCGAGACGCCAGCCACUUCUGGGACGACUUUUACGAGACGCAUCAGAACAAGUUCUUCAAAGACCGCCACUGGCUUUUCCAGGAGUUCCCAGAGCUGCUGCCCCCAAGGCGAGACUCGGCUUGGGCUGCCGCCGCCCAAGAGGAGGAGGAGGAGGAGGAGGAAGGCCUGGUCGACACCGGAGAGAUCACCGCGUCUCGCGCAGCAGAGCGGCAGCGGCGGGCCGGGAAGUGGGAAGAGCACCUGGGGAAGCAGGAAGUGUCGCCCGGCGAACAGGAAAGGCUCGGUGCAGAGGGGAGCGGCGGUUUCCCCGGAGAUCACGCGUCCUUCAGGAUCCUAGAGGCAGGGUGUGGGGCCGGUAACAGUGUGUUUCCCAUCAUCAGCUCCAUUAGAGGCCGAGGGGGGUUCCUGUACUGCUGUGAUUUCUCCUCACGGGCCGUGCAGUUGGUGAAGGAUCACCCAGACUAUGAUGGCUCUCUGUGCCAGGCCUUUGUGCAGGACGUGUGUGACGAGACGGCCUCCUUCCCUUUCCCCCCGCGCAGCCUUGACGUCAUCCUGCUGGUCUUUGUACUGUGUGCUAUUCAGCCCCAUAGGGUCCAAGGCGUGGUGAACAGGCUGUGUAGCUACCUGAAGCCCGGUGGGGUUGUGCUGUUCCGUGAUUAUGGCAGAUACGACCUGUCGCAGCUGCGCUUCAAAAAAGGCCAGUGUUUCUCAGAGAAUUUCUACGCAAGACGUGACGGGACAUGUGUGUACUUCUUUACCAAAGAGGAAGUUCAUGCCUUAUUCAGCGCGGCUGGUCUGGAGGAGGAGCAGAACCUGGAGGACCGGCGGCUGCAGGUCAACAGGGCCAAGAAGGUGGUGAUGCGCCGUGUGUGGAUGCAGAGCAAGUUCCGGAAACCUCUCGAGCCGCCACAGGCCAGCUAACAGACCACUGACAUACACAUGUACACACACACACACACACACACACACACACACACACACACACACACACACACACACACACACACACACACACACUCAGGUCAGCUGAUAGACACACACAGACACACACACACAGGCCGGCCAACUGACCAACUAGAAAUACCACACACACGCACACACACGCGUACACACACACACACACACACACACACACACACACUCAGGUCAGCUGAUAGACACACACAGACACACACACACAGGCCGGCCAACUGACCAACUAGAAAUACCACACACACACACACACACACACACACACACACACACACACACACACACACACACACACACACACACACACACACACACACACACACACAGGAUGGCUAACGGACUGGCUAAAAGACCGUAGCAGGAAGCCAAAUCUACAAACACAUUUCUAUUAUGAAUGUGUUAUGCCUUUUUUAUGCUGAUGUCAUUUGUGUAUCUAUCAUUAAGCCUGUAUAACUAAACAAUAAUACAGUAUGCACAACAACAUAUCAAUAUGCUACUGAACAACUGGGACAACUGAACAUUUUUAGGCAGAUUUCUUGUAUUUAUUGAAAGGAUUCCUCUUUGUGGCGUUUUCGGUGUAGAUCGCCAUUUUACAAUGAAUGAGUAGCUGCAGCCACGGUGCCGUGAGCGCUCAGUAGAGUUUAUGAAAUGUAAGAUUUGGGUUUCUAGAGGUUUCUUCUAAAAUACUACCUCUGGUUUAUCAGGUGUGAACAUCUGCCGUUAUAGUUUUUUUGCAGCCAUUUCUAAAAGUAAUGAUCAAAAAAAUGAAGGAAAAGUGUACCACUUUCUUCUCAUAAACAUACCUGUGUUAAUGACAAACCGACAUAUUGGUGAGUGUACAGUUGAAAUGGGUGAGCUGUGAGUAGAAAGAUUUUUUCCCUCUGGUUUAUUACAACAAAAGAAACCCUGUGCAGGAUUUAUACAUCAACAGCGAUCAUAAUAAUGAAUAAAUGUUUUAUAUGUGUA